AUUUCACGAACUCCACUUGGCGAAGUAUGCUCUGAGUGAUGUCAUCCAAUCGCCUAUCCUGGUAGAUUGGUAGAAAUGCCCCGGACCGGGCCUGCAUGCCUGACAUGCAGGGAGAAGUGCCGAAAGUGCGAUCGUGCGCGUCCCAAUUGUCAGCGCUGCAUAUCGAAAGGUCUAGUAUGUGGAGGGUAUCCGGAGCAGUUCAGAUUUUGUGGCAUUGCUAGUCGAGGAAAAUGGAAAGGAGCCCGGAUACCGGUGAGCACCCAAAGACCUCGAAAUGCGGCGGAUAGAGCAAACAUGGAGCAAGGUGUCCAUCAGCAGCAAACUACGAAUGCGGCUCCGACACCCCCGGAGGAAGCCUACCCGCCGCCACGCUCGGACAAACUCAAUGCGGAUACACAAGAGAUAUCCAACGAAAUCGCAGAGAUACUUAGACUGCCUGAAACCGAGACACUUCUCACUCAUUAUGACGAGUUUAUAUGUCCGCAUCAGAUCUCUGAGAUUGGUAAUGAGAGCGAUAACCCGUACCGAUUAUAUAUUCUUCCGUUAGCCCGAAAGCAAAUUGGCUUACUAUACGCUGUACUUGGCUUUUCCGCUUCGCAUCUCGGGCAGUUGACGGGGAAUCAAACUAUGCACGAAGCCACUGCAGUGGAAUAUCGCAUGAAAGCUAUACGGGCCCUCAGUGAAGAGAUCCGCAGGAGUCAAGCAUCAACUUUACUGGAAGACGAGCAAGAUGCCGUUCUUGCCAUCAUUCAGAUUCUAUUACUUCAUGAUAUAGCCGAGUCUGGAAUUUCGACUCAUGGAAUUCAUAUAACGGGAGCUAUGUCUGUCUGCAAGCGAUUAUUGAUUUCCGAGGGACUAAGUGGCCACCGUCGGCGGGCUGUAUUCUUUCUCGGCAACCUUGCCUGGCUCGAUGUUAUCCGCGCUUUUGCAGGGCCAGAACGACUCUGCUUCUCUCAAGAUAUCCGAGAACUGGUUGCAUGUGCGAGUGAAAACACGUUCGAGAUGGUAAACGGAUGUCCUCGGGAAGUGUUUCUGAUUAUUGGUGGUAUUCUGGAAAAGUCCAAAGAGCACACACUGGGGUGGCUCACAUGGGAUGAAUAUCAGAUAGCCAUGCUCGUGGCCAAACACAAGCUCUACUCAUGGGAUAGCAACGAGAAGAUAUAUCCCAGCACUGACCCUCGUUGGCUGGCAGUAGCGGAGAUUUUCCGGUUCGCAUGCAUACUACGCAUCCUUCGUUUACUUGACGAUUCCCGUCCGGCGAAAAGCCCGGAGAUACAAGACUGUGUGGCCCGGAUCUUAGAUGCUACCGCCACCAUAUCUUCGGACUGUCCAUUGAUCGAACUACUCAUUUUACCUCUUUUCAUGGCGGGGGCAGACGCUCUUGCACCACAUUCACAGUAUUACAUUCUAUCCCGACUCAAAGAGAUUGAAAGGAGAUCUGAGAUCCGCAACCCAGUGCCUCGAGACAUUUUAGAGAAGGUAUGGGCUGCUCGUGCUGCUCAAGCAACUGACGAAGAUAGAAACAUCUCCUGGACAAGCUUUACUCACUGUCCUGGAAUUACACGACAACAUGACUAUCUUAUUAUUUAAAACAUAAAUUAAUUGUUAUAUGACCUAGGCAAAUUGCUAUUAAGAGCUUCCCGAAGUGAGAAGACAUUGGAAUUCUUUUGGAGGUCAUGCGCGUCUCAUCAUAGUAUACAAGGAAAGAGAACAAAAAACAAUAGAAAAGAGAAA